AUGGAUUUUCGAGUCUUCUUGAUUCCGUACUUCCUCUGUUCCAUCCUGUUCUUCCGCAAUUUCUUCAUCGAAUCUUCAGGAUCCCGCAAAAUACGUGGGUCGGUUAUCAGAUUACCAAAUGGUGAUUCCUAUGGUCACCCCUUUGAUCCUACUCGGGUCACCCAGAUUUCAUGGCGUCCAAGGGCGUUUCUGUAUAGAAACUUUUUAACAGAUGCAGAGUGCGAUCAUCUCAUUGAAUUGGCGAAGGAUAAGCUGGAAUUGUCCAAGGUUGCCGAUAAUGAAUCUGGAGAGAGUGUAGCAAGCGAGAUCAGAACUAGUUCAGGCAUGUUUCUUAGGAAAUCUCAGGAUAAAAUUGUUGCUGGAAUUGAAUCAAGGAUUUCUGCGUGGACAUUUCUUCCUGUUGAAAAUGGAGAAGCUAUGCAAGUAUUGCAUUAUGAAUAUGGUCAAAAAUAUGAGCCACAUUGGGAUUACUUCCAUGAUAAAGUCAACCAAGUAAAGGGAGGCCACAGGGUUGCCACUGUUCUUAUGUAUCUUUCUAAUGUACGCAAGGGUGGUGAGACUGUCUUUCCAAGGUCAGAGAUAAAAGAAUCUCAACCGAAAGCGAAUGGAGAUUGGUCUGAAUGUGCGAAAAGAGGUUAUGCUGUGAAACCGGAGAAAGGGGAUGCAUUGUUGUUCUUUAGUCUUUAUCCUAAUGCUACAAUCGAUGUAUUAAGCUUACACGGGAGUUGCCCCGUGAUAGAAGGCGAGAAAUGGUCAGCAACAAAGUGGAUCCAUGUCAGGAACUUUGACAAGUCUGAGGAUAACGUGAGUGAUGCCUGUACGGAUGAACAUGAGAACUGCGCCAAGUGGGCGGCUGCUGGCGAAUGUAAGACGCAUCGUGAAUAUAUGAUUGGAUCUUCGGAAGGUUCCGGAUAUUGUAGGAAGAGUUGCAAAGUAUGUUAG